AUGAAAAUCAUCACGCAGUUAAAGGCGGUAGACACCAUGGAUGGCUCAUAUCAUGACAGAGCACAAAGAGAUCGAGUUCAAGGGCUCGCGCCAGAUGAAGAACAGAGAGCUAGCGAAGAUCAACGACGAACUGGCAGGGAGAUGGUGAACAAGAAAAGCGAUUUAGCGAUUAUCAACAGUAUCUUAGUCACCGAGGAAAGGCAAGGCCUAAUUGGGAAAGCGUGCCUGUAA